ACGCCGUCUAGUACCAGCGCGAACUCGACCCACGAGGACAUGGAGAUCGAUUCUUUUAUCGACGACGGUUUCGGGGAUAGCAACCCCAACAAGCGACGGAGAACAUACGGCUCGUUCGAAGCCGAGCGACGAUCGCCUCCCGCGAAUCUUCGGCACGCUGGCAGUUCGACCGACGACAUGAUGGCCGCAUCGCCCUCGAUGCAGCAGAUCCAAGAGCUGAUUACUAACCCUGAUUGCUCCCCAUAUCAUCUUGUCUGCCAGAAAAUGUAUGAGAAAUCGUAUCCCGAUCCGACCGAGAAUCUCAUUCAACUGUAUGGCCUCCAAACGAUCGCGGACAAAGUGGCGCGCUUCGACGCCACGGGGAAGAAGAAUAAGCUCCGGAAGAGUUACAAGGGGCACAUCGCUACAUUAUCGGGCAAGAACGAGGUGGUCGCGAAGCCAACACAGUUGGGCCAAUACUACGAUCAAUCUUCGCUCGAUCCUGCGGAAAAUAAGCUGCAGAUGCUCGCGUUCUACCCCGAUGAGGAAUGGAGGCUGCAACACGUGAUGGGCAAGGAGAUGAGCCGCGGUUUCGACAUGGCGAAAGUGAGGAGGGGAUUGGCGAAUAUCACGAAAGGUGAUAUACCAAGGUUCGAUGCCACAGUUCUUGGGCUCGACGAGGAGAUGCCCCGCAAGCGGAUUGAGAGCGCGCGCUCGCCACAAAUGUCGGUUGGAACUCCACAACACAAUGGCUCCACCACUCCCGGCAAUGCCUCCACGGCUUCCGGAGGACCGGGCCCGAGUGAGCUCAUUCGGCCCGAACGCAAGAACAAGAAACGGAGUUAUCACGACGGAUCCUACGAGGGAUACGAAGAGGAAGACGAAUCCGGAGGUACCGCCGGCAAUGGUCCGGGCGGUGGGAAUGGUAGUGGUGCAUCCGUCGGCGGUGGAAACUGGCCCGGCGACCCAAACAAACAGAAGAAGAAGAAG